AUGUGCAGAUGUGCUAUCGCUGCUGUUCUUCCCCUGAGCAUCGUCAACAUGGUGCUUGGCCUCGGUCUUCUGAUCGCUGGGAUCGUUGCGGCUACGUACAAGAUCCCAAACACCUGCAAUUCCAUCGGCUCAGGCUACAACAACAACAAAGGAUCUUUCAACUCAGGAUUCAACUCGGGAUUCACCCCCGGGUACAACUCGGGGUAUGCAGCAGCAUACAGCGCUGGAGCUCAGGCGGCAUACAACCAGGGGUACCAUGCGGGAUUCAACACCGGGUUCAACAUGGGGUACUGCUCGGGCUACUCUUCCUCCAAUCAGUACUACUACACCGGGCAAGCUGCAGCGUACAACUCUGCUCAAACCUCUGCCGGCUACAUCCCAGGAACCUACAGUAGUGGAUUAACACCGGCUUAUGCUAGUGCCGGCUACUACUCGGCCUACCAAUCUGCCUACGCCACCAGCGCCUCUCAGUACUACAACUCAGGCUACUACGGAGGAGCUUACAGCAACUAUCAGUGUGAGGCCUACAGACAGUCAGCCCAGGACGUUCUCCUGAUCUUGGCGCUCAUGGGGACCAUCCCUGUGGUCUUCCCCCUUGUCUUCGGGUGUGUGGGCAUCUUGACUAGUAUCUACAAGAGCAAGAUCGCUGCUGGCGUCAACCUCACCUGCCUCAUUCUUGGCACCAUCGCUUCCACUGUUGGGGUGAUCAUGCCCACCGUGCUUGCGUCGACGGCGUCGGCAUACUGUUCUUCGUCCUACGUGUCAUACGACAACAGCUUCUGCGGCAGGUACGUGGGCAGCACGUGGGCUAUCGCCUCCCUCAACAUCAUCCUAUCCAUCUACCAGCUGGCCUUCUCCAUCGUCAUGUGCGGGCUAUGCUGCCAGCCCGAGGAGUGGGAGGGCAGCAACUCGGUUGCUGCUGAGGGAGCGUCGAACGCUAUGCCCAUCGCGCAGGUCGCCGGGACCCUGCCCUCGGCAGGAGGCCAUGGGGUAGGGAUGGUGCCACAGUAUCCCCAGGUGGCAGGGCUAGGAGGCUACUACCCUCAUGGAGGGGGCAUGGCUGCUGGAGGAAUUCCUCAUCCUCAUGCUGGUCCGUUUGGAGGAGGGGGGCUCUACCCUCCCGCAGGAGCCCUUUACCCUCCUGUGACAAGACCAGAAGUGUUCUACCCUCAAGCGGGAAGCGCAAGGUUACACAAUGGUGUUCCCAAUGUCAGCUCGUUGCAGCAGCAAGAAGCAGACUAUGAGAUGGCUCUGAAGAUACAGAGAGAGGAGGAGAGGAGGAUGAAGCAAGGGUCGAGAGGAACUUCAGUGAACGAACCCCCCCACGUGCGGUCGUCCGGCACGCCAUUGACAUCGGGGGCUGUGGAGCAAGAGUCGCUUCUUGGAUCAGAGUUGCGUCCUGACAUGUGGAAGCAUGAAGAAAUUGUCAACGGUGAGCUGGCAGUAGCGCCGAGGACGUCGGAGACGGAUCGGUCUCCGAGUGCGGCAUCAAGGACAGAGGAGGCGAGCCGGGAACUUGAUAAGAUCCGUGGUCAAUCAUCGGAGACAUGA